AUGGCCACAGCUCAGGAAAAAGCGACGCCAAACAAUCUCAGUAACAUUCCCACUGCUUCUAAUUCCUCCGCACUUCCCUCUCCUUGGACCCACCCCACCGCCGAUCCCCUCCGAAACAGACCCUCCGUCGCCGCCCUCAUUCCCUCCGUCGAUUCCUUCCCCGAUCCUCCUCCCAAAACCACCUCCACCGCUAAAGGUAUCCCAGUUAUGAUGAGAGCUCAAACCUGCCACCCUUUGGAUCCACUGUCAGCUGCUGAAAUAUCAGUGGCUGUAGCUACUGUUCGGGCUGCUGGGGCAACACCUGAGGUGAGGGAUAGCAUGCGAUUUGUUGAAGUAGUCUUGGUAGAACCAGAUAAGCAAGUUGUUGCAUUAGCAGAUGCAUAUUUCUUCCCUCCUUUCCAGCCUUCAUUGCUUCCCAGGACUAAAGGAGGACCUGUGAUUCCUACUAAACUUCCCCCAAGGAAAGCACGAUUGGUUGUUUACAACAAAAGGUCAAAUGAGACAAGCAUAUGGAUUGUGGAACUGAGGGAAGUGCAUGCAGCAACUCGAGGUGGUCACCAUAGGGGCAAAGUUAUUUCUUCUAAAGUCGUUCCGAAUGUUCAGCCACCAAUGGAUGCUGUGGAAUAUGCUGAAUGUGAAGCUGUUGUGAAGGACUUCCCUCCAUUUCGAGAAGCAAUGAAGAGAAGAGGGAUUGAAGACAUGGAUCUUGUGAUGGUAGAUGCCUGGUGUGUUGGAUAUCACAGUGAAGCAGAUGCUCCUAGCCUCAGACUUGCUAAACCAUUAAUAUUUUGUAGAACUGAAAGUGACUGCCCCAUGGAAAAUGGCUAUGCUCGACCAGUUGAAGGAAUCUAUAUACUUGUUAACAUGCAAACUAUGGAAAUUCUUGAGUUUGAAGAUCGUAAACUGAUCCCUCUUCCACCUGCUGAUCCGUUGAGAAAUUAUACUUCUGGUGAAACCCGGGGAGGAGUUGAUAGAAGUGAUGUAAAGCCAUUACAGAUUAUUCAGCCUGAAGGUCCAAGUUUUCGUGUGAACGGGCACUUCAUUCAAUGGCAAAAGUGGAACUUUCGUAUUGGUUUUACUCCUAGGGAAGGUUUGGUUAUUUAUUCGGUAGCCUAUAUUGAUGGAAGUCGAGGAAGAAGGCCUGUGGCCCACAGAUUGAGUUUUGUUGAGAUGGUGGUUCCUUAUGGAGAUCCAAACGAUCCUCACUACAGGAAGAAUGCUUUUGAUGCUGGAGAAGAUGGUCUGGGUAAAAAUGCUCAUUCUCUCAAGAAGGGUUGUGAUUGCUUAGGAUAUAUCAAAUAUUUUGAUGCUCACUUCACAAACUUUAAUGGAGGUGUUGAAACAAUAGAGAAUUGUGUUUGCUUGCAUGAAGAGGAUCAUGGUAUUUUAUGGAAGCAUCAAGACUGGAGAACAGGUUUAGCUGAAGUUCGACGGUCUAGAAGGCUGACAGUAUCUUUUAUAUGCACUGUGGCUAACUAUGAGUAUGGAUUUUUCUGGCACUUCUAUCAGGAUGGAAAAAUAGAAGCUGAGGUCAAGCUCACGGGAAUUCUCAGUUUAGGAGCAUUGCCACCUGGUGAAACUCGAAAAUAUGGCACAACUAUUGCACCUGGAUUAUAUGCGCCUGUCCACCAACACUUUUUUGUUGCUCGUAUGGACAUGGCUGUUGAUUGCAAGCCUGGUGAAGCAUUUAAUCAGGUUGUUGAGGUGGAUGUCAAAGUUGAAGAGCCAGGAAACGAUAACGUUCACAACAAUGCGUUUUAUGCAGAGGAAAAACUGCUUAAAUCAGAAUUGGAGGCAAUGCGUGAUUGUAACCCUUUAUCUGCCCGACAUUGGAUUGUGAGAAACACCAGGACGGUAAACCGAACCGGACAGCUAACAGGAUACAAGUUAGUACCCGGUUCAAAUUGUUUACCCUUAGCUGGUUCAGAGGCCAAGUUUCUGAGGAGAGCUGCUUUCUUGAAGCACAAUCUUUGGGUCACUCCAUACGUUCCCCAUGAAAUGCAUCCUGGGGGAGAGUUUCCUAAUCAGAAUCCACGUGUUGGAGAGGGUUUGGCUACUUGGGUUCAGCAAAAUAGGUCACUGGAGGAAGCUGAUAUAGUUCUUUGGUACGUGUUUGGUGUGACACACAUUCCCCGAUUAGAAGACUGGCCAGUUAUGCCAGUGGAACGCAUUGGCUUUAUGCUUAUGCCACAUGGGUUUUUCAAUUGCUCGCCAGCUGUAGAUGUUCCCCCGAGUGCAAGUGAUUUGGAUGAUAAAGAGAAUAGCAUGACUGCGAAGCCAAUUCAAAAUGGGGUGAUUGCCAAGCUCUAA